AUGUAUUCGCAAACACUUUCUUUCGCGAUCGCAUCCUGGCUGGCCCUAACGGUCUUGGGCAACUUGUUCGAUCCUAAAAGUUAUGCCAAGCCAGAUGUCAUAGUCUCCGAUAUUGUCGUUGUUGGAGGAGGCUGCUCGGGAACAUAUGCCGCCAUCAAUCUACGCAAGCUGGGCCAAAGCGUAGUUAUUGUGGAAAGAGAAAAACAUCUAGGUGGCCACACAAACACCUACACUGAUAAAGCUACCGGUAUCACUAUGGACUACGGCGUUCAGACGUUCCUGAAUAGCUCGAUCACGCGUGACUACUUCGCGCACUUCAACAUCUCCCUUGUCAACCACACCCGAUCUAAUAUCGCCACCUCGCUGGCGGAUUUUAACACAGGAAAACCUGUGUCUGUUAAUCCUAGUCGGAACCUUACCGGAUGGGCCGUUCAGCUCGUCCAGUAUCCUUGGCUGGACUCCACCUGGAAAAUUCCACACCCUGUUGCCCCAGACCUACUCCUACCAUUGGGGGACUUUCUCGUCAAAUAUAACCUUACCGAUGCUGCUUUUAACCUUUACUUCAGCUCACAGGGAACAUCAAAUCCACUGCAGCAAUUAACAGUCAACGUGAUGAAGAUGGUCGACCCAGUGUACCUGAGUGAGAUAACAGGUGCUGGUCUUGUCACCGCAGAUAACAAUAACUCCGAGCUAUAUGUUAAGGCUCUUGCUGAGCUAGGAUCAAACGUCCUCGUCUCCUCGACCGUGACAGUUGCUGCAAGACCACAAAAUGGACAAGGCGUCUCACUGGUCGUCAAGACGCCCACUGGAUCCAAGCUAGUUCAAGCAUCCAAGCUUCUGAUCACCAUUCCACCAACUCUAGAAAACAUGAUACCAUUUAACCUCAGCCCACAGGAGCAUCGGGUCUUCUCACAGUGGAGCUACAUGGGCUACUAUACUCUGGUACUCAUUAACACUGGCUUGCCCGAAGGGUACCAGUGGAUCAAUGCGAACAAGUAUUUCGCAACGUAUCACAUUCCUCAGCAGCCUGGAGCUUCCCAGAUUACAAGUACGCGUAUUCCAGGAGUGUUCUACGUCUGGUACCGCAGCCCAUCACAUAUGACGCGGUUAGCAGUCGAGAAAGCGACCAUUCGGGCCAUUCAGAAGUUGCAGAAGGCACAUAACUUUACAAUUACAACCCCCAAAAUCAUCAAGUUCAAAUCCCACACACCUUUCAAGCUGAGUGUGUCAGCUCAGGCUAUCAGCGACGGGUUCUACCGUGAUCUGUAUGCGCUGCAGGGUAAGCGAAACACUUGGUACACCGGCGCUGCAUUGAUCUCUCACAACGGAGGGGUUAUCUGGAAAUUCACGCAGGCACUACUGUCCCGGAUUGUUGCAUCUUGA